CAACCCCACUGAAACAUCUCCCCUUUAAAAUUAUUCCUUUACUUGACUAAUGCAAAAAGAUUCAAAACUUGAAAUUCCAUGGUGUCACCAAACGAGCAAAAACUCUCUAAAAAGCCUUGAUCCACCUAACCAACUAAAAUAAACAACCGCACGCCACAAACUGACACAUUUACCUGCCUUUCAUGGCUGCUGCUGCUGCUUCUUCUCUCCAAAGCUCGACAUCGAACAUUUGUCGUCCGGGUUUUGGCCAACAAUGUGUUGGACUCGAUUUGGGUUCUUGUAAUUCUGGAUCCGUUUCCUUCCCUUCCCGCCUUUACAAGCUCCAACUCAAACCUUUAGAGGCCACUAGACAGGUAUGGUCGUCUAGAAUAAGUGCAGUGACAAAGCCUGAAAGUGGUAUUGAAGAGAUGGAACUUGAUAUUUCAUUGAGCCCCAGAGUGAAUUCUAUGAAACCUUCAAAGACUGUAGCAAUAAUGGACCAUGCCACUGCACUUGUAGAAGCUGGAGUUCCUGUUAUUCGAUUGGCUGCUGGAGAACCUGAUUUUGAUACACCAGCUAUAAUAGCAGAGGCUGGGAUAAAUGCAAUCCGUGAAGGUUACACUAGGUAUACUCCAAAUGCUGGUACAUUAGAAGUUCGAACAGCAAUUUGUCAUAAACUGAAGGAGGAGAAUGGUCUUUCUUAUGCACCUAAUGAGAUUUUGGUUAGUAAUGGAGCCAAGCAGAGUAUCACUCAAGCAGUUCUUGCAGUUUGCUCUCCAGGAGAUGAGGUUAUUAUUCCAGCACCCUUCUGGGUCAGUUACCCAGAAAUUGCAAGACUUGCUGAUGCCACACCCGUGAUUCUGCCAACAUCUAUCUCUGAAAAUUUUCUUUUGGAUCCAAAGCUACUUGAAUCCAAAAUCACUGAAAAAUCAAGACUGCUAAUUAUUUGCUCUCCAUCUAACCCAACUGGAUCUGUUUAUCCUAAAGAAUUGCUUGAAGAGAUUGCUCGGAUUGUGUCAAAACAUCCCAGGCUUCUGGUCCUAUCUGAUGAAAUAUAUGAACACAUAAUAUAUGCACCGGCUACACAUACAAGUUUUGCAUCUUUGCCAGGAAUGUGGGGAAGGACUUUGACUGUGAAUGGCUUUUCUAAGGCUUUUGCAAUGACUGGUUGGAGACUUGGAUAUCUUGCUGGCCCUAAGCACUUUGUUGCAGCAUGUAAUAAGAUCCAAAGCCAGUUCACUUCAGGUGCCAGCAGUAUAGCUCAAAAAGCAGCAGUGGCUGCAUUGGGACUAGGAUAUGCUGGUGGGGAAGUGGUAUCUACCAUGGUGAAAGCCUUCAAGGAAAGGAGAGAUUUCUUGAUCACAAGUUUUGGAGAAAUGGAAGGUGUUAAGAUGUCAAAACCUCAGGGUGCAUUUUAUCUCUUCAUUGAUUUGAGCUCUUACUAUGGAGUAGAAGCUGAAGGAUUUGGUAAAAUUGAGGAUUCUGACUCACUCUGCAGAUACCUGCUAGAUAAGGCACAGGUUGCAGUAGUCCCAGGGGGUGCCUUCGGAGAUGACAGCUGCAUACGCAUCUCUUAUGCAGCAUCUCUCACCACCCUACAAGCAGCUGUAGAGAGAAUCAAGAAAGCACUUAUCCUGCUCAAGCCUGCUAUUCCCGUUUGAGGUAGAUGAUAAUACAUUUCGACUGUUGUACUAUUUGUUAUUAAUAAUGAUAAACAUAAUAUCACACUUUGCAGUGAACAGUAGUCAGUAUUAAUUUGAAAUGGAAGAAUUUUAAAUAUUCUAUCUGCAAGCAUUUGCAGCGUCGUAUCAAACUGUUGUAAAUACAAGUUCUGAUGUCUGAAACUUGUGUUCCAGAUUAUUUUGUUUCAUCUUGUUGCUACUAGUUAUUACCAUCAGUCAAGUUGAUUAGGUCAAAGAAAUCUGACUUUGCAGAAUGUGUUUCUUUAUCUGUAACCUUGGAAAUAAUAUUUUGAAUCAAAAUAAUGUUGGAAAUUA